AUGAUGGGUUUGAUCAUUGGUCAUCCAUUAGAUACAAUUAAAGUGAGACAGCAAAUUUUUCCAGGUGGUGGUAAAAUAUUUGCUGUAGCAAAAUCAACAUAUAAAUUAGAAGGAAUUCAAGGAUUUUUUAAAGGUCUUUCUUAUCCUCUUUUCGGAAGUGGCGUUUACAAUGCUUUAUUUUUUGGCGUUUACGGAAAUUGUCUUAGAAUAUUACAAGGUGUCAGUGGAGAACCUCCAUCUUCGUCGUGGCAUCGUGAUGUUUUUGUAGCAGGUUGUCUAGGAGGAACGGCAGCAGUUUUAUAUUCGUGUCCAUUAGAAAUAAUUAAAAUAAAACUUCAGUCGCAAACUGAACCGAUAUAUUUGGGACCGUAUGACGCAUUAGUAAAAAUUUAUAAAAAUUAUGGACUUUAUGGAGGAUUAUAUAAAGGAACAUGGAGUAUGAUAUGGCGAGAUGUUCCCACGUUUGGAUUAUACAUGCUUACUUACGAACAUACUUUAUGUUGGUUUAAAGAUAAAGAUGAUCAUUCUUCGUAUACGAGCAUAAAUAGUCAAUUAAUAGCGGGAGGAAUCGCUGGUAUCAUAUCCUGGGUCACGGUUGCUCCAUUGGAUGUUAUCAAAUCAAGAAUACAAUCAGAUGAUUUUGGUAGACCUGUAUAUCAGGGUAUGGUUGAUUGUUUAAAGAAAACAUAUUAUCAGGAUGGAUUUAAAGCGUUAUUUUUGGGUACAUUUCUUGCAACAAUUAGAUCAUUUCCUGUAAACGCAACAACAUUAGUCAGUUAUGAAUUUGUUAUUAAACUUUGUCAAAAAUGUGGAUAUUGUCAAAGCGAAAGUUCAAACAAAAAAAAAACAAUAGAAAAAUAA